AUGCUGCAGAUACCGAUGCUUCUCGAGCAGUUCGCCGCACGAAACAGAGACCUUCCAUUCGAGGAGACUGUGUCACCACUUCGGACUUCCAACUGCGUAAGCAAUGGUGACGCCGUCCACGAUCGUGAAGAGGAUCAGACCCGAAUUUCAACUCCACCAACGACGCCAAAGACUUCGCUCGCCAACUUUUCUUCGAAAACCAGGUUUGAAGCAGCCGCGCGAAAGAACAAAGAGCGCAUUGAUCAAGAGAGGUCGCGAGGAGCCGCUUUCCUCGACUGCGAAGACGGUACCGCAGCAGCCUCCGAGGCUGAUAAUCCUGGCAAAAGAUUCCCCCUCGAAGAAGACGUGCGAAACGCGAGCCCAAGUAGCCGGCAAGACUCGGAACGGCAUAUCGGUGCUUGA